UUCGGUCGGCUGCGCUAUGGCGGCAAUCCCCCCAGACUCCUGGCAGCCGCCCAACAUAUACUUGGAGACCAGGAUGGGGAUCAUUGUGCUGGAGUUAUACUGGAAGCAUGCUCCGAAGACCUGUAAAAAUCUUGCUGAAUUGGCACGUCGAGGUUACUACAAUGGCACCAAAUUCCACAGGAUCAUCAAAGACUUCAUGAUCCAGGAAGGUGACCCAACAGGGACAGGUCGGGGUGGUGCAUCUAUCUAUGGCAAGCAGUUUGAGGAUGAACUUCAUCCAGACCUGAGAUUCACGGGGGCUGGAAUUCUCACCAUGGCCAAUGCGGAGCCAGACACCAACGGCAGCCAGUUUUUCGCAACCCUAGCCCCCACCCAGUGGCUCGACGGCAAGCACACCAUUUUGGGCCAAGUGUGCCAGGGCAUAGGAAUGGUGAAUCGAGUAGGAAUGGUGGAAACAAACCCCCAGGACCGCCCUAUGGACGAUGUGAAGAUCAUUAAGGCAUACCCUUCUGGGUAGGCUUGCUGCUGCCCUGCGCUCACCCAGAUCUUUGGAGAUGGCCCCAGUGAACCAGCUUCCAGAUCUAGAAGGACACGUACUUAAACUCCAUUUUGGCCUUGCAAGUCACAGAGCUCAGGAGACCUGGGGGCUUGGGUGAGUAAGAGAUGGAAGUAUAUUUUAAGAGGAUGCUUCUUUUCUCUUCCCCCGGUGCCUAGGUUGACAGAGCAUUUGCAGAAAUGCUCAUAAAUGAUCAUUCACGGGGAACCGCUCAUUGCAAGUGAGCACACUGCCGCUCCUGGCGUGUGUCUGUGCUGAUACACUUAGAACAAAAUGAAGCUGACUCUGUCAUUCCAUAGUGCCUGACCAAACUUCUUCCUGCAGAGAUUUAUAUUCUGGCCUACACUGCAGUCUUCAGUGUCUGACAGCCACAGAAUUCAAAACCAAGUAGUGUCUAUCAGCCUUCUUAACUCUGUGCACACCCUAUUUCAGUCUCCUAUAUUUGUUCUUCCAGGAAUGUAUGCAUCUCUAUAUAUACUUUCCCUCUCAAAAUCAGAACAUCAACACUGCUGUUUCUGACACUUAGACAUCCCAAGCAAAGCCACAUUGAAUUUUUGCCAAAUGAAAAAUGCAUCCAGCAAUCAAGUUUCUAAGAAGGUGUCAAGUGGGGAAUGAUAAUGUGUAAUAAUCCAGAAAGGAAUUUAUUAAAAGGAAGCAGAAACAUUGACCAUUUUUUCCCCAAGAAGGAGUAGAAAUCUGUAGUGAGCCAUAAAGACAGACUAUGAAUUCUCCUGAAAAAGCAGUAUUGUCAUAAAGGAGAGGCACCACUUAAGUUUUUUUAACCUAAGACUAGAGAAACUAGUUAAGAGAUUUUAUAUGUUUUUUAAGUCUUUCUGAUUUUUUUUUAAUGGGGUAAAGAGAAAGGAACAUCUAUGUAAUACAUAGAAACUUCCCAAAUAAAAUGCCACUGAUGGUUGAAAA